AUGGCGGCUGCUACCCGUGCUUUCCAGCUGGGCGACAGGGUGACUGUCGCACAGACACAGCUCUGUGGCACAGCCAAGUUCAUUGGCACAACCGAGUUCGCCGCUGGCGAAUGGAUGGGCAUUGAAUUGGACGACAAGGCUGGCAAGAACAAUGGCUGCGUCAAGGGCAAAGCUUACUUUGAAUGCAAGCCAGACCAUGGGCUCUUUGUGAGGCCGACGGCCGUGACCAAAAUCGGCCCAUCCAGACGGAGGUCGGAUUUCGUGCCUAGCGCCUCGAUGCAGCCACCACGUGCUUCGAUACCUGCAAGCCCUCCAUCGCCGGCAAAGAAUCCAUUCCUGGCGGCGCCGCAAUCCCCCAUCGCGGGGCGACGAACCAGCAGCAGACAGGAAGAAGGUGAGCGAAGUCGAGAGAUUCAGAAGGCCAGUGUGCAACUGGACCUUGCCCAAGCCAUGGAGGACCAUGAUGUGGAUGCUUUAGAGGCAGUGUUGCCUGUGGCCAGCAACCUCGGUCUACCUCCGGAGGAAAUUGCUGCAGCCAAGCGCAUCUUAAGCUGGGAGUUGAAGCAAACCAUGCGCGAGGAGGUUGAUGCCGUGCAGGCAACCAUCUCACAGCUCUCCCAGUCGCUGGCUUGCCUCGAGGCCCUUGCAGCCAAGCAGCCAAACACUGACCCUUCUGCCAUCUUAAGCCGCUUGGGACAGGAGCUC